AUCUGAAUUUAAAGGUUGCUGAAGUCUCUUUUCUCUGGGAAUAACUGCAGUUUGCUUGGAACUCAUGGUUUAAGUGGGCAUAAAGAUGAGUAUAAGCAGUGAUGAGGUUAACUUUCUGGUGUACCGAUACUUGCAGGAAUCGGGAUUUUCCCAUUCAGCAUUCACGUUUGGUAUAGAAAGCCAUAUCAGCCAGUCUAAUAUCAAUGGUGCCCUGGUGCCACCUGCUGCUUUAAUCUCCAUUAUUCAGAAAGGAUUGCAGUAUGUUGAGGCAGAAGUUAGCAUUAAUGAGGAUGGCACACUUUUUGAUGGGAGGCCGAUUGAGUCACUCUCGCUGAUUGAUGCUGUUAUGCCUGAUGUGGUACAAACAAGACAGCAGGCAUACAGGGACAAGCUUGCACAGCAGCAGGCAGCAGCUGCUGCUGCGGCCGCAGCAGCUGCAGCCGCAGCAACAGCAAACAACCAACAGCCACCUGCUAAGAAUGGUGAAAAUGCAGCGAAUGGGGAGGAGAAUGGAGGACAUGCACUGGCAAAUAACCACACUGAUCUGAUGGAAGUUGAUGGAGAUGUAGAAAUCCCAUCUAGCAAAGCAGUAGUAUUACGGGGUCAUGAAUCAGAAGUGUUUAUUUGUGCCUGGAACCCAGUUAGUGAUCUUCUGGCAUCGGGGUCAGGGGAUUCAACAGCAAGGAUAUGGAAUCUUAGUGAAAACAGCACUAGCGGUUCAACACAGCUGGUCCUCCGACACUGUAUACGAGAGGGUGGGCAAGAUGUUCCUAGCAACAAGGAUGUAACAUCUUUAGAUUGGAAUAGUGAAGGAACACUUCUAGCAACUGGGUCCUAUGAUGGUUUUGCCAGAAUAUGGACAAAAGAUGGAAACCUUGCAAGCACCUUGGGGCAACAUAAAGGACCUAUAUUCGCCUUGAAAUGGAACAAGAAAGGAAACUUUAUUUUAAGUGCAGGGGUAGACAAGACGACAAUUAUCUGGGAUGCACACACAGGGGAAGCAAAACAACAGUUUCCUUUCCACUCGGCACCAGCAUUAGAUGUGGACUGGCAAAGUAACAACACAUUUGCAUCGUGCAGUACAGAUAUGUGCAUUCAUGUCUGCAAGUUGGGACAAGACAGGCCAAUAAAAACAUUCCAGGGACAUACAAAUGAAGUGAAUGCAAUAAAGUGGGAUCCCACCGGAAACCUCCUUGCAUCCUGUUCUGAUGACAUGACCUUAAAGAUCUGGAGUAUGAAGCAAGAUAGUUGUGUUCAUGACUUGCAAGCACACAACAAAGAGAUAUAUACCAUCAAAUGGAGUCCCACUGGCCCGGGAACAAGUAAUCCGAAUGCUAAUCUCAUGUUAGCAAGUGCAUCGUUUGAUUCUACGGUUAGAUUGUGGGAUGUAGAAAGGGGAAUCUGCAUUCACACGCUGACUAAGCAUCAAGAGCCCGUGUACAGUGUAGCCUUUAGUCCGGAUGGCCGGUACCUGGCCAGUGGUUCCUUUGACAAAUGUGUACACAUCUGGAAUACACAGACGGGUGCAUUAGUUCACAGCUAUCGGGGAACAGGGGGCAUAUUUGAAGUUUGUUGGAAUGCAGCAGGAGACAAAGUUGGAGCAAGUGCAUCAGAUGGUUCAGUUUGUGUAUUAGACCUACGAAAAUAGCGCUACUGGUUGGAAGCCAUGGACCGACUAUGAAUGUGUACAUAGCCAAAAUGACUGUCCCUGACCCAUGUACUGCUAUAGUCCCAUUUAACCAUGGCCAGUCCACUGCAGCCAAACCGAAAUUAAGUCCUAUAAAUAUUUAAAGAUUAAAAAAAAAAGAAAAUCUGCAAAUUGUGGCACCUCAAAAAGGACAAAAAUUUUUUUUGUCACAUCUGGUGAGUUUGUGUGCUGGGGACUGAUUUCUUCACAACACCUGGAAAGGAAGAGGAGGACACCGGACACACACAGAGCAUAAUUGUACCAAAUUUGGAAGAUUGUGGUCAAAAUACAUUCAACUACCUUUUGUGUCUCCUCCCGUGCUUAAUUUUUCCUGUCCUUGUUACUUUUGUGUUUUAUUUUCUGGUCAGUCUACCUGUACAGAGAAUGUGGGCUUUUAUACUUGAGCAAUAGUUUGUGGCUUUGAAACAUUAUAUGUGGGGCUUAGGAAGAAACAUCUGACGGCUGUAUCAAAUAACUUUACACAUUUCUUUUCCUUUUGGCUUUUUCUUUGUACAAAUAGCUCUAUUUUCGCACAAGUAUCGAAAGACGAAUGACCUUGGUACACAGCUCUGAUAGAUGUUGUGGUGUAAUGUACUGCCUGCAGCACAUGAAUGAGAGUUUAUUUAAUAACCUAGUCCAAAGGCAAGUAGUGCUGUGUAGCCAAUCAGAAAUAAGCUACUUGGCUGU